CCGGCCCCGGAGGCAGGCGUCCGGCCGGCCCGCGGGGCGCGGAGGCGAGGCCCGCGGCCGGCCGCAUGAAGGACUGCGAGUACCAGCAGAUCAGCCCCGGGGCCGCCCCGCCGCCCGCCUCCCCCGGGGCGCGCCGCCCCGGCCCCGCCGCGCCCCCCGGCCCGGGCUCGGGGCCCGCCCCCUCCGCGCCCGCGGGGCCCCGCUGGAGCGCCGGCGGGAGCCUAGGCCGCCGCCCCCGGCGCAAGUGGGAGGUGUUCCCGGGCCGCAACCGCUUCUACUGCGGCGGCCGCCUUAUGCUGGCCGGCCACGGCGGCGUCUUCGCGCUCACGCUGCUGCUCAUCCUCAGCACCACCGUCCUCUUCUUCGUCUUCGAUUGUCCCUACCUGGCCCACAAGCUGACCCUGGCCAUUCCCAUCAUUGCUGCUAUCCUCUUCUUUUUCGUCAUGAGCUGCCUGCUGCAGACCAGCUUCACGGACCCUGGGAUCCUGCCCCGGGCCACCGUGUGCGAAGCCGCGGCCCUGGAGAAGCAGAUCGACAACACAGGCAGUUCCACAUACCGGCCACCGCCUCGGACACGAGAGGUGCUGAUCAAUGGGCAGCUGGUGAAGCUCAAAUACUGCUUCACCUGCAAGAUGUUCCGGCCGCCACGGACCUCCCACUGCAGCGUCUGUGACAACUGUGUAGAGCGGUUUGACCACCACUGCCCCUGGGUGGGCAACUGUGUGGGGAGACGCAACUACCGCUUCUUCUACGCGUUCAUCCUCUCCCUCUCCUUCCUCACCGCCUUCAUCUUCGCCUGCGUGGUCACCCACCUGACGCUGCGCUCUCAGAGAAGCAACUUCCUCUCUGCUUUGAAGGAGACGCCGGCGAGCGUGCUGGAGCUGGUGAUCUGCUUCUUCUCCAUCUGGUCCAUCCUGGGCCUCUCAGGGUUUCACACUUACCUCGUCGCCUCGAACCUGACCACUAACGAAGAUAUCAAAGGCUCAUGGUCCAGCAAGAGGGGCGGUGAGGCCUCUGUCAACCCCUACAGCCAUAAAAGUAUUAUCACCAACUGCUGUGCUGUGCUCUGUGGCCCCCUACCUCCCAGCCUGAUCGACCGGAGGGGCUUUGUGCAGUCAGACGCUGUGUUCCCUUCGCCUGUCAGAAGUGACGACCCGGCCUGUGGAGCCAAGCCCGAUGCCAGCAUGGUAGGAGGCCACCCCUGACCGCAGCUCAGUCCUUGCCACCUGCUGGCCUGUGUCCCCUCCACACGCACCUGCUGGGACCCUCCCCAUCCACCCGAGGGAAGCAGAGCUGCCAACGACACCAAUCUGUUCCUAUUCAUCUCCCACCCUGCGUGGCUUUCCCUGAACUGUUCCGUGGCUGUACCAUCUGCUGCCCAAACCCAGGUUCCCACAGCCUUGGGCCCUAAGGGUCCCCCAGCUGAUCAGUGACAGGAGAGCCAGAACCUCUGGAGGCCACCAAGGGGACGUGGGAAGUCCCUGCCUGUACCCGAGCCAGCCGGAGGCCUCCCAGCGGAGGAGAGCACCGGACCACAGGCCACAGGAGCUGGGGCCUAGGCAGCUGCUUUGGUUUAGGGGUCCCUGCGCUCUCUGUGAUGAUCAUUGUUCUUUCUUUUGGGCUUUUUGAUGGAUUGGGGUGGGGGGGUUGUGUGAAGUUGGCCAAUAGGAAAAGAGCUGGCGUUCCAUUGUGGAGGCGGGGGAAUCAACUGAGUCAGGAAGCUGGACCAGCCAGCCACCCAGAGUCUCAGCCCCUGUGGAUCCCAGCCCACGUAGUAGGGAAAAAGGCCUAGACCCCCACCCCACCCCGCUACCCGUGGAGGCUCCCUAGGGGUCCCCGUUGCCCUGGACCCCACUGCCGCCCCAUCUCUCCCCAGUCUGUGCUGGGGAUGGGCAGGCUCUGUUCACGCCAGCAAUACUUGAAACGGGUUUAUCACUGCUGGGUAUUUUGCACAAUUUUAUAGACCUCUUUUCUACAUAGUCUUUUUUGUAAUGGAAGAAGUCAGCCAGUUGCUGUCUGUGUAGGGCCAGGUGCAGGGCCAGCAGAAGGCUAGUUGGGUUUAGUAAGUCUCUUACAAGAGAUCUUCUGGUUGUGUAUGAGUGAGUGUGUGUGUGGUGUGCGUGUGUGUGCACACAGCAUGUGCAUGUGCCCAUGUGUGCCCUUGCACAGACGUGACUGGCUUCCCCCCUCCCCUGGGCUGUCUUUUCCCCCCAGCCUCCUUGGGUUCUGGAGCAGCCGGAACCACAGGGACGAUGGAGGCCUAGGAGCUCAGCCCCGCCCUCUUCCUUUCCCUCGUGGACUUUAGACAGUCCGUGGCUGGGGACCGGCCGGACACCCCACCCUGUUGCCAGAGGCUUCCAGCUGGGGCCUGCCGAGACAGGCUGGGCUCCCGGUGUGAAGGGUGGGUGAUGGCUCUGGGGCGUGGCUGCCACCCUGCAAGCCACACCCCCUCAGAGCCCUCCCUGGGGACCUGCUGCCAGAUCAGGAGUUUCUGCCUGUUGGAGACUUCCAUCCCCGGGGAGGAAGGAAGGAACAGAAGUGACCGAGGAAGUGCCUCCUCCCUCCUCUGGGCCCUGUGGUCUUUCCGGGUAGCUAGAGAAUGGUCCCCGGCCUGGGGAAGUGAAGCAGGAGGAGACACAGCUCCACGCCGUGGGCCCGGGCCCUGCAUGCUGCGUGCCACCCCGGGAGGAGGAGAGGAAACGGGCUGGAGAAGGGGGAUCCCAUUUGCCUUUUAUUUAAGCCAGUAUUCCUUGUUCCCGCUUGUAAUAAAACUUUUGUUUUUAAGAGUU